UAUGUAAUGAGACGGUAAUGUUUGAGGAGCUGAACAUUUGAUUAAAGAUAAGCCAUAGCUGCUGCCUAAUUUUCAUUCAGAUUUUCGCACAUCCAAUAAAUCAUGUACUCUUCAAGUUCCAGCGAGUACCAGAAAUUCUCCGAUCUCGGCUCUACUCCGCCCACCGCCUCCUCCACCGCAACCGGGAUUCCGGUCAGCGCAGGCCCCCAAUCUUACUCCGACACGCCCGUCCCACGAGCUCCUAUUCCGCUGAAGCCCCAGGUCCCUUGGUCCACAGGCUUAUGUGAUUGCUUCUCCGAUGUCCGCAACUGUUGCAUCACUUGCUGGUGCCCCUGCAUCACCUUCGGCCAGAUUUCUGAGAUUGUCGACAAAGGGUCCAGCUCGUGUGUGCAGAACGGUGCAUUGUACACAGUGGUAGCGUGCGUGACGGGGUGCCCCUGCUUCUAUUCCUGUUUCUAUCGCUCUAAAAUGAGGCAGCAGUAUUUGUUGCACGAGUCGCCCUGUGGGGACUGUUUGGUUCACUGUUUUUGCGAGUCCUGUGCCCUCUGUCAGGAGUACCGGGAGCUCAAGAAUCGCGGAUUUGAUAUGUCCAUCGGAUGGAACGGAAAUGUGGAGAAACAAAAUCGUGGGGUGGCUAUGGCUCCUGUGGUUGAAGGAGGAAUGAGUAGAUAAAUAAUGACAGAGCCUUAGAAGGAUUUUGAAUUUUUAAUUACUUGUUUUUGGUGGUUAAUUCUGUCCGAAUUGUGCUAUUUAUUUAUUUAUUUUUACGUAAGUUCUUGUUAAUAUUUCUAGUCGUCGAAUGUUAAUGUCUAGUGGUUGGUCUUCUUGUGUUGUAUAGUAAUUACAAUAUACUUGUGAUGUGAUCAGUGUAUAAUUCAAAAAUAAUUAAUAAAUAUAUCACACUUGUUUUAUAA